CUCCUGGUCGUCUACGCCUUCUUCGCCAUCUCCGAGACCGCCAUCACGACGCUGUGGCCGUGGAAAGUCCGCGAGAUCUCCGACCAAGAGGGCCCGGACUCGCCGUUCACGCUCUUGCGCCGCGACAUCAACCGGUUCCUCACCACGAUCCUCAUAGGGAGCACGGUGAGCGGCAUCGCGAGCGCGACGGUGGCGACGGAGGCUGCGCUCACCAUCUGGGGCGAGGGCGGCGUCGGACCGAUGACGCUCGCGCUCACGCUCGUCACCCUCGUCUGCUGCGAGAUCGCGCCCAAGUCGAUCGCGGUGCAGCACGCCGCCGCGGUCGCGCGCGUCGUCAUCCCGGUCAUCGCGACGUUAUCGCACUUUGUGUAUCCGCUCGGACGGGUGUGCGCGGGGGCGGUGAAUUUCGUGUUUUCGCUCUUCGGCAUUCGCGGCUCCGCGGAGCCGUUCGUGUCCGAAGAGGAGCUCAAGCUCGUCUUAUCCGGCGCCGCGAAGAGCGGGCAGGUGGACAGCGACGAGAGCGAGAUGAUCCAGAACGUCCUCGAGAUGUCCGAGACGCCCGUGCGCGAGGUGAUGACGCCGCUCGUGCGCGUCGUCGGCGUAGACCAGAGCGCGUCUCUGCACGAGCUCCAAAAGAUUUGGCGCGAGCACCGGUACUCGCGCGUGCCGGUGUACAACGACAGGAUCGAUAACAUCGUCGGGGUGGUGUACUCGAUGCGACUGUUGGAGUACGACAUGGGUGCGGAGAUGCUGUCCAAGGUUUCCGUGGAGGGACUCACGCAAAAGCCGCCGUUUUACGUCCCGGAGUCCAUGAGCGUGGUGAAGUUGAUGCGCGAAUUAUUAGCGCGCAAGACGCACAUGUGCAUCGUCGUGAACGAGUUCGGCGGGACGAUCGGGAUCGCGACGUUCGAGGACUGCGUCGAGGAGAUCGUCGGGGAGAUUUACGACGAGACGGACGACAGAGAGCCCGCGAGCAGCGAUUACGUCAGGGCGGUGAAGGGCCAAACGGACGUCUACGACGUGGACUACAGGGCGCAAGUGAGCGACCUCGGAGACGCGUUGGGGGUGGACAUUCCCUCGAGCGCGUUGUACGACACCGUGGGCGGGUUCACGUGCGACUGCUUCGAUAGGAUACCCGCGACGGGAGAGACCAUACUGAUCACGUUGCCCGCGCAGACUGGGUAUUUGGAAGACGACGACGACGAG